UUUUUAUCCAUUCAUCAACACAUAAUUCUGAUUCUAACUAAUUAUCCUCUCACCCAAAAACUCCAAUGGCGGUGCCUCGGAUUCUCUCUCUCCUCCUCCUAUGCCUCUCGCUCCUCGUCCUCUCGGCCUCCGCCGACAGCGGCAGCGCCCACGGUGAAUUAACGAAGUACGGCUUCCCGAUCGGCCUUCUCCCCGCUAACGUCGAGUCGUACACCCUCAACCGCACCUCCGGCCUGUUCACCGUCACCCUGGGAGAUGUGUGCAAGGUGACUCUGCCUCCCGACAACUACCUGGCGACCUAUUCCCACAGGAUUACGGGCAAGAUAGUCGAGAAUCGGAUUGCCGAGCUCGACGGCAUCAGCGUUAGGGCGUUCUUCAGGUGGUGGGGCAUCACCGGCAUCAGGUCCAGCGGGAAGGAUUUGGUCUUCGAGGUCGGCGUCGUCACUGCUAAGUAUCCGUCCAAGAAUUUCGAUGUGGCCCCACUUUGCGAGGGCGGUCGGGCUUCUUCGUAGGCAGGAAGAGGUUUGAUGCUGUUUGUGGGAACUAGUCUGACAGUUACGGAUGGUUGUUGGAUUAUAAUAUGUAACGUAUGUGUAAUAAGCUAGUCGCACUUGGAGCUGUAAUGUUAAUACAAUGAAGUUGCAGUGUUUUACGUUUAAAACACUCUGUUAUUCUGUAUUUGUCAGAACCUUAAACUGGUUUAUGGAACUUAAGGUUCUAGGUCAGUUUUGUAACGCGCACACAUUUGAUUUAAAUAAGUUUCUGUAAGACAAAUUCUAUGCGAAAACUUUUAUUUAAAUAAGUUUUCGCAACCCAAAUUUUAAGUGAAAAAGUAAUUUUCUUUGUUAAA